AUGGAUAGACCGAGUACUGAUAUCGAGAAAAAAACACCUACACAAGACGUGAUCUCAACACACGAUCUGGAGGUUAUUGGGGAGGCCAUCCCACUUCAGCGUAAGUUAAAAAAUAGGCAUGUUUCUUUGCUAGCCUUGGCGGGUAUAAUUGGCCCUGGAAUUUUGAUUGGUGCUUCAUUGGCUUUGGGAAAUGGGCCAGCCAGUCUAAUCAUUGGCUUCGGAGUGAUAGGUCUCGUGGCGUUUGCAAUGAUGCAGUCUUUGGGAGAGCUUUCAACGUUAUAUCCUGUUGGUGGAGCAUUCUCAACUCUUGGCAACAAAUUCGUUGACCGGGCCUUCGGGGGUACCGUUGGAUGGUUUUAUGUUAUCGUUUGGGUUGCAGUAUUAGCAAACGAAUAUAACACAACAGCGUCAAUAUUGCAGUUUUGGGGUCCUGAAGUGCCUCUUUAUGGCUAUAUUUUGAUAUUCUGGGCAGCAUUUCUUGCGUUCUAG